AUGGUAAAACGCUGUAGCUGGGGUACAUGUAACACUGACAGUAGGUACCCCGAUCGCCUUGUAGGAGGAAUAAGAUUUAUUCCCUUUCCUAAACCAGGACGGAACUUAGAAAAAGCGAGGAGGUGGAUAAGAUUGUGUGGCAGACCCCACAACCAGUUAAAUGAAAAGAUCUUAAACGAAAGAAGUAAAGCUAAACAUCUUUAUGUUUGUUCAAAGCAUUUUGUUGAUGGGAUCCCCUCUGAAAGAUACCCAGAUCCAGUGUCUGCACUUGCCACCAGCUGUGACUCAAUAACACCAAGGCGUAAACUACCAACCAAAAGAUCGCAUAUCAGCUUUAGUAAUAUUAAUGCUUCUCAUGGAUGUUCGUCGAUGCGAAAAAUUCUAGCAGACACAGCUGCUGUUGAGAAUGUGAACAUUAUGACUGAUAUGUGCAGUAGUACCAUGCCACAACCCUUGGAACCCUCAGUUCAGUCUCUGUGUAGUUCAGCUAUCGAAACAACACCAGAUGAUAAUUCAGGUGGUACAUUUUAUCCACUGAACCUUUUGGCUGUUGUUGCAGAAAAUAAGGCAUUGGUGGAAGAGAGAGAAAAGCUGCUUCAAAACAAUUCUGAAUUUCAGCAACAGUUUCUACAACUCCAAAAGUUGCAGGAAAGGUGUUUUGGGUGUCACAAGCUCAAGGAAAAGGAUUACAAGUAUUACACAGGAUUUUCUUAGGAUCAGUUUGAUAGUGUGUACAAGUUUUUAGCUCCAACAGAUGAAGAUCCUAUUAAGUGGGGUAAAACAGUAAAAGGAGCCAAAUCUCUAUCAACUGUAGACCAACUUCUACUAGUUUUGAUUAAACUCAGACAAAACUUUGAUUUUCAACAUAUUUCACAUUUGUUUAAUGUAUCUUCACAAGACUCUAGUGCAAUAUUUACUCACUGGAUCAGCUACAUAUUUUUUAGACUUGGUAGUUUAGAUAUUUGGCCACAUCGAAAUACUUUAAUUGAAAAUAUGCCAGAGAGUUACGAGAAAGACUUUCCAGAUACCCUUGUUAUCAUUGACUGUACGGAGCUAAAGGUACAAAAACCAAGUUCUCUUCAUCGCCAAAGCCAGUGCUAUUCGGACUACAAAUCGAGCACAACUUUCAAGGGACUAGUUGGCAUUGAUCCACGAGGUUCUGUGAUAUUUUCCUCCAUGUUGUUUUCUAAGUCAAUAUCUGAUAAAGACAUCACAGAGAAAAGUGGUUUUCUUAAACUUCUCUCAGACCUUAUAAAGUGUGGAAAGCUACGGAAUGGCGAUGGAAUAAUGGUUGACAAAGGUUUCCAUAUUGAGAAAGAGAUCGAAGCCGUUGGACUCAAACUAAAUAUACCACCAUUUGCAUCCUGUGCAUCACAGAUGAAAGCUGAUGAAGUUACAGAAACAGUUAAAAUAGCUAAACAUCGAGUUCAUGUUGAACGAGCUAUUGCUCGCAUAAAGCAAUUCAAGAUCCUAGCAGGGAAAAUUAGUUUGUCUUUUUUCAGCAUCAUUGAUCAAAUAUGGUUAACUUGUUGUUUAUUGACAAACUUCAUGAAUUUUUUGAUUCAAGAUAAAAACACUGAUGAACCUU